UCAGUGAAAUCGAAACUACUGGGGAAAGGGAGGACCCCUGAGAGUCUCCAGGCACCUGGAUCACAGCUGCCUCACGUCCACCAUGAACCACACAUCCCAACCCUUCUUCAAUGGUGCCCACAGCGGGAUCCCCCCGAACUAUGAGAUGCUCAAGGAGGAGCACGAGGUGGCCAUGCUGGGGGCUCCCCAGAGCCAGGCCCCCGUGACGACCACGGUGAUCAACGUCCGCAGCGAGACCUCGGUGCCCGAUCACAUCGUCUGGUCCCUGUUCAACACGAUCUUCAUGAACUGGUGCUGCCUGGGCUUCGUGGCAUUCGCCUACUCUGUGAAGUCUAGGGACCGGAAGAUGGUGGGCGAUGUCAUUGGGGCCCAGAGCUAUGCCUCCACCGCCAAGUGCCUGAACAUCUGCGCCCUGGUCCUGGGCAUCCUUCUGAUCACCGUCUUCAUCGUUAUUCUCGCCACUGGCUCCGUGAUGGUUUUUCAAGCAGUUUCCCAGCUCAUGAAGGAUUAUGGAGGCCACUAGUAGCUGCCGGCAGCCCGAGGCCGUCACCCCUUUUCACUGCAGUUUAUACACGCAUCUGUCCACAGCUGAAUGAAAUAAAGCAUUUGU